CGCAUGUCUUUGUUGCUAUGGACGCUACCGUCCGAAGGUCUUCACGUGAUUAUCGUUUGAACAUGAGUUAAGCGGUCCACGAUGAAAGAGUGGUGGCUCCACGUCGGCUUGAUGUGCAUCCCGCUGCUGGCCGUCUACCUGCACAUCCCGCCGCCGCAGCUGUCACCUGCCCUGCUCAAGUGGCACAAUGCCGGCCGAGGCUUCACCUUCAGGGGCAGCGAGAUCUUCUACAGAGACUCUCACGGCGCCUUGGGAAGCUCCGACGUCGUCCUUCUCCUCCACGGCUUCCCCACCUCCAGCUACGACUGGAGCAAGAUUUGGGAGCCGCUCACCCAGCGCUUCAACCGUGUCAUAGCGCUGGACUUCCUGGGCUUUGGCUUCAGCGACAAGCCGCGACCGCACAGGUACUCCAUCUUUGAGCAGGCCAGCGUGGUGGAGGCGCUGGUAGCACACUUGGGUAUCUCCAAUCAGCGGAUUGACCUGCUGUCACAUGACUACGGAGACACGGUGGCGCUGGAGCUGCUCUACAGGAGUGACCAGAACCGCACGGGCCACCUGACCAUCAACAGCCUGUGUCUCUCCAAUGGAGGCUUGUUCCCUGAGGCCCACCACCCUCGCCUGCUGCAGAUGCUCCUGAAGGACUCCACAAUGCUGGCUCCCAUCCUCACGCGGCUCACCAACUACAUGAUCUUCCAGAAAGGUCUCGGGGAGGUUUUCGGGCCGUACACGCAGCCAACAGACGCAGAGUUCUGGGACAUGUGGACCGGUCUGCGCUACAAUGAUGGCAACUUGGUUUUGGACAGUGUUCUCCAGUACAUCAACCAGAGGUUAAAACACAGAGAAAGAUGGGUCGGCGCGCUCACGUCCACCUUUGUGCCACUGCACCUGAUCUACGGCCCACUUGACCCUGUCAACCCCCACCCCCAGUUUGUCCGCCUUUACCAGCAGCUGGUGCGGCGGUCGACCGUCAGUGUGUUAGACGAGCAUAUCGGUCAUUACCCGCAGCUGGAAGACCCCACGGGCUUCCUCAACGCUUACUUUAACUUCAUUCACUCAUUCUGAACUUGACUGACAUGCCGAAGUAGGUGUUUCGAUUUCGACAAAAAAGUAAAAGAUAAAGGUUGCGCUUUAGCCCACGGACGCCAGGAUGACGUCGACGACCGUCUCCUCGUCGCUGCGGACCGUCACCUGCAUUGUGACGCCGUCGGCCAGCGCGAGGCGAGCGCGGACCAGCGUGUCGUGACCUCCCCGGAAAACACCUGGGAGGUAAAAAAUAAUAAAUAAAAAUUCUGAGCCAAUCUAGAACCUUUGUAUGAGAUUGUGUUUUUCGAUGAAACCCACCAGCGAGGAAGAGGAUGUGCGAGUUCUUGUUUUCUGGUACUUUGUCCGAGCGCUCGCACGGCUGCAUUCCUAGGAAGCUGACGAUGUUCUUCACUGCCUCUGCAGGAACAGCAAAACGUUGAAUGAAAGAAGCCGCCGCAACGAUUGCGAAGAGCAUUCCACAAGCGUACCGUCUAAAGUGCGUACGGACGCCAAUGCGAAAGUCUCCUCCUUCUCAAACUUGUCUCCCACUUCUUCCCAGGCUGCUCCGAAGUUGGGCUUCAGCACUUUCUGGAUGUGGUCCGCCACGGUCACUUCAAGGUCCUCCAGCUGAGGAAGAAGGGAGUAAUGAGACGAAAGCAGAAACAAACAAAGCUGUAGCCUCCGCGCUGCUACUUACCACGUACUCGUCGUCGUAACCGUCGUCGUCGGGCUCUCCCGUGUUGGGGUCGCAGUCUCGGACCAGGUACUUCAUUGUGCAGCUGAACGUACACGACACUGCAAACGAAUCUCAUUAUUUCAACGAGUCAGUGUCACGAGCGGCCAAUAGGAACGCGCCGCUCGUCUUACCGGCUGUCGGGUCGUCGUCGGGCAGGCGCACGAGCGUGUAGCAGGAGCCGGGCUGGCUGUACGGGAGGCUGGCGGCGGGAAUGUAGUGAAUCACCUCGUAGGACUCUGAUGGCUCCAUUUGCACAAGAACCUGGAAUGACGAGGAACAUGUUUCGUAAGCAGGAAUGGAAUUGUAAUGUGAUUAACUGUGGAGUCUGGAACCUUCUGCAGGAGCUGGUCAUUGAGCGUGUUGGUGCAGUCAAACUGGAACACCAUGUGCCGGGAGAAGGUGUGUUUGAUGCAGCGCACCACGUAUUCCGUCUCGGCUUCCGUCAGCUGCACCGGCUCGGCCGACUUGAAGAGCGGGCCGAGACCCUGGAACUCUGGGAUGGCUGCCAGUUGUUCUGAGGGGAAAGAAAGUUCCAAUGAUGCCCCAAAAAGUCAACAAACUGUACGAACCCUUCCUGGAGAAGAAGGUCUUACCCUGAUAGAUGUCCUGGCGCGACGGGGCCAACUUCUCUGGAAGCUUGCUGGUGGCCACUGGAGCGAUUUCUGGACAGAAGCAACACUUUUGAAGAUCAAUCCAACAUUUCAAGACCUGACUGACUGACCUAUUUUCUGUUCUGUGAUGGGCGUGGUGGCUAGAGGAACCGUCUUCAUGUCGAACGGCUUCUCCGAGGGAUCCAGCGUGUAUUGGUGCAGCGACUUCUCCAGACCGGGGAUGGACACAGACAAGCCUGAACAAAACAACAUGAGAUAAAUGGUAGGCCUAGGCAAUUCAUCGAUUGAAUUGAUAAAUCUUUUUAUUUUUUUGUGUCACAUCAACCCCCCCCAAGCCCAAAAAAAAACUAAUUUAAAAUUGACUGCCUCCCCUUUUCCGUAGCCUGGUGAUACAAACUAUUUACACUGAAAACAUGGCAGCGAACAUUGGAACUGACAAUCAUGGAGCCGAUUAUUCAAAUUAUUUCGAGUGACAGUUUUGUUGUUAAAUAUCCAUCUCAAAGUCAAUAUUUUUUUCUAAUUUAUUGAUGUUAAAAUGUCAAACAGUAAAAAUUUUUCAUUAAAAUAGCUUUUAAAGAUCUCACCGUUGAAGAUGUAGGCGGCGUUGAGCGCCUUCUGCUUCUGUUGCAGCACGUUAAUGUAGAACGUGGCUCGGUCACGCACCUCGUCGUCGUUGUCCAUCAUGCACCUGCAGGAGCGCGAGGUUUACUUUGCGUCUGGAGCGAACACUCUUAAAACCCUCGAAUGAAAACUUUUACGUACCUCUGCAUGAGAACCAGGACACUUGGCAGGAGGUCGUCAUUCUGAGCUCCGAAUUUGGCCAAAGCGCUCACCGCAGCUGAUGAAAUAUAAAAAACAAAACAAAAAAAGUGGUUUAAAAAUGAAAGUAUGGUAGUUUCACAAGGCCAAUUGCAGCUCACCGGCUCGCACGGCCUCGCUCUCCAGCACGACCCUGUUGAAGAUGAAGCGGAUGUACUUGAACGGCUGCGGGGUGCGCGGGCCCUCCUUUCCCAGCAGGUGCAGGAUCUUGGUGGCCAGCACAGUGUGCUCGCAGUCCUCAAUGAACUCGCACAGGUGCGCCAGGCCCGUCUCUUUGCUCUCAGGGUUCUCCUCGAUGAUGCUGAUGAUGCAGUCCACGAUGGCGCGCUUGUACUCGAAGCCACCCUGUAUGCCCCCCACCCCCCCCCAAAAAAAGGGAGGAGGAUGAUGAGUGCUCCUUUAAAGUUAAAGUGAUGCUUUUCCAGUGGUUUGUUGGCAGCUUACGUCAUCUCUCAGCAUGUUGGAGAGGAAGUUCAUCAUAACGCUGUGUUUCCUGGGAUACUUCUGACACAGAGCACUGAUGGCCUGCACCACCACCACCUGGAACAACCAACAUUCAAGUCAAGCGGCGGUCGUCUUGUUCUCCAUCUCAAAUGUUUCAAGUGAACCCUGCAACAGAAGUCUGACCUUGAACUCGUCGGAGAUCUCCGAGACGAAGGAGGAGAUCUGCUUCAUGAGUCGGUCCACGCUGCUCUCGCUGCCCGUCUUUAGCAGCGUGGUGAUGGCCAACGUGGCGAUGCUCCUGUUGGAGUCCGUGAUGAGGUUCUCCAGGUCCAGGUUGCAGGCCGUCACAGCCGAGGGAUGCUUCAUCGCCACCUGGUGGACAGGAGCACAACACAAAACUUCAGUCUUUGACCAUGUCAACGUGAGUGUAAAGGAGAGAGGUUCAAGUACCUUGUUGAGGGUCCGAACUGCGGCGUAUCUAAGUGCCGCUUUGGGGGAACUACAGAAGAGCUGCAGCACUUGAGAAAACAACAAUAAAAAAAGUUAACGAAUCACUCAACGUCAGCAGUUUUGUUUUGCCGCAUGCUCAAACCCACCGGAGACGGCGGGGGCCAGCUCCCUGGCCGUGCAGUUGGGCAUGUGCACGAUGGCGGAGGCGGCCUCGUACACCACCAUCUCGUUCUUGUUCCUCAGGCAGCUCUCGAUGAAGUCAAACAAAGGGCUGUCAUGACUACACACACACACACACACAAAAAAGGUACCUCAGGAACGGAAGCAGAUAGCUUGUGAGUCCUCUCAGGUGUCCUUACCCUCCUUCUGUCUCGUCCAGAAGCUUGCUGGCGAUGCGGAUGAGCAUGCAGUAGGCAAACGGUGACUUGAGGCCCGACUUUGUGAACUUGUUGAGCAUCUUGGUGACGGCCAGGCGGUCGUUCUUCCUCAGGUGAUACAGGAGGCCCAGAGCGUGG